AUGACUUUGAUUCUUAGUAUACUCCGUGCGCUUACGACAAUUGCAGCACUCUUUGUGGGCUUGUCACCACUGCCGGACUAUUAUCGCAUCUAUCAAACGCAUACAACGGGUGAGGUCUCGAUCUUGCCGAUCACUCUUUUGUUCUGUAAUAGUUUUAUGUGGACUAUCUAUGGAUUUUGGACCCACAACAUUUUUCCUGUCUUCGUUUGCAACUUGUACGGCAUGACAACCUCGAUUGUUUUCAGCUCCAUUUUCUAUCGUUGGAGCACUGAUCGUGCCUCCGUUCUCAAAAUUUGGAGUUGUGCUGCAUGCAUUUUGGCAAUUGGUACUUUUUACUUAAUUCUUGGAAGUAAUGGUGUAACGAACCAGAAUCGAGACCAAGUGGCCUCAACGUUUGGAUUCGUUGCCGUUGCUAUUAACAUUGCUCUAUACGCAUCACCGUUGGCAAGCAUGAAGAAGGUGAUCGAAACGAAGGAUGCCUCCUCGUUGCCAAUUACUAUCAGCAUCGUCUUCCUUGGAAAUGCAGCGCUGUGGGUGCUUUAUGCCAUUAUUGCUGGUGAUAUGUUUGUCAUGGUGCCCAACCUGCUCGGAAUGUUACUUUGCACAGCUCAAGUGGCGCUGUAUCUAAGGUAUCGACUUAAGACCAAUGAAACUGCACAUGCAACGAUUUAUAAGAGCAAAGUUGCAGACGGAUCUCAACGAUACUGGGACCAUAUUGCUCGUUGGUUUAGAAAUCCAUUGGGCUAUGAGCUACUGAGCGCUCCUGUGGCUCCCCUACCGAGAUGA